AAAGCGGAAGUAGCAUGUGCUGGAGGAGGCGGUGGUAGCCGCGCUUCGCUGGAGAGUCUCCUCGGGACCGGGGAGCUCGCAGCCAAGAUGAAGGUGAAGAUGCUGAGCCGGAACCCGGACAACUAUGUCCGCGAAACCAAGUUAGACUUACAGAGAGUUCCAAGAAACUAUGAUCCCACCUUACAUCCUUUUGAAGUCCCACGAGAAUAUGUAAGAGCUUUAAAUGCUACCAAACUGGAACGGGUAUUCGCAAAACCAUUUCUUGCGUCCCUGGAUGGUCACCGAGAUGGAGUUAAUUGUUUGGCAAAACAUCCGAAGAGCCUGGCUACUGUCCUUUCUGGGGCAUGUGAUGGAGAGGUCAAAAUUUGGAACUUGACUAAACGAAAAUGUAUCCGUACAAUACAAGCCCAUGAAGGUUUUGUUCGAGGAAUAUGUACUCGCUUUUGUGGGACUUCUUUUUUCACUGUUGGUGAUGACAAAACUGUGAAGCAGUGGAAAAUGGAGGGACCAGGCUAUGGAGAAGAGGAAGAACCAUUGCAUACAAUAUUAGGAAAGACCGUGUAUACAGGAAUUGAUCAUCACUGGAAAGAAGCUGUUUUUGCCACAUGUGGUCAACAAGUAGACAUUUGGGAUGAACAAAGAACCAAUCCUAUAUGUUCAAUGACUUGGGGAUUUGACAGUAUAAGUAGUGUCAAGUUUAACCCUGUUGAGACAUUUCUCUUGGGCAGUUGUGCUUCUGACAGGAAUAUAGUAUUAUAUGAUAUGAGGCAAGCUACUCCUCUGAAAAAGGUCAUCUUAGAUAUGAGAACAAAUACAAUUUGUUGGAAUCCUAUGGAAGCUUUCAUUUUUACUGCAGCAAAUGAAGAUUACAAUUUAUAUACUUUUGAUAUGCGUGCACUGGACACUCCUGUAAUGGUACAUAUGGAUCAUGUAUCUGCCGUGCUUGAUGUGGAUUACUCUCCCACUGGAAAGGAGUUUGUGUCUGCUAGUUUUGAUAAAUCUAUUAGAAUCUUUCCUGUGGACAAAGGUCGAAGCAGGGAAGUCUAUCACACAAAGAGAAUGCAACAUGUUAUCUGUGUAAAAUGGACAUCCGACAGCAAGUACAUCAUGUGUGGAUCUGAUGAAAUGAACAUCCGCCUGUGGAAAGCUAAUGCUUCUGAGAAAUUGGGUGUGCUUACAUCACGAGAAAAAGCAGCCAAGGAUUAUAACCAGAAAUUGAAGGAGAAAUUCCAAUACCAUCCUCAUAUAAAGCGUAUUGCUCGUCACCGACAUCUACCAAAAUCUAUCUAUACCCAGAUUCAGGAACAGCGUAUCAUGAAAGCAGCUCAACGACGAAAGGAAGUGAAUCGUCGCAAACAUAGCAAGCCUGGAUCUGUGCCAAUUGUGUCAGAGAAGAAGAAACAUGUAGUGGCAGUUGUGAAAUAAUAUUUGGUACUCCUACAAAUCCUGCUGUGUAAUUAUGUGUUCCUCUUUGAUAAGCAAACUGUAUGAAAAAGUACUAGCUCUGGUAUAACAACACACAUUUUAGUUAUCUGUGUAGAGCUUUAUCACUGUUCAUUUUUGCUACCUGGGUGAUAAAGAGUGUCUAACAUUUUGGCCUUGAUCUGCUUUCUUUCUUUAUUGAAAGAUAAGGUAUUUGCAAACGCUCUUAUUUUUGCUGUUCGAAAUUGUAGACAUACUUUCACGUGAUCUAUUAUUAUAGAUACUGUACAUUGAAUAUACAUUAAAGAUCAAGCAUCUUUUUUGUUAUCUUUAAUACAACUUCAGAUAAGCACUGUGAUGAUUCCAUAUGAUAUUCUUCCAUAUAGAGAAUUAUGUCAGAACUUCUGAUUGAUUUUCUGUGCUUUAUUUAUUAUAUUUGACUUUUUAAGAUUAUAAAGAUCAUCAACCUGCAUUUAUAUAAUCUUUAUAAAUAAUGUAAUUUAUAGUCAAGAUAAUAAAACAUCCUUUUUCUCUGCAUUGUAUCUUUGAUCA